AUGGCACCAAAGCGCAAGGCCGGCGACGCUGUCGCGGAUACCAAGUCUGAGAAGAAGUCGAUCCCUGCCGGCAAGGCGGGCUCGCUGCAGGGCCUCAAGCUCAUCUUCACUGGCACGUUCGAGUCGAUGGACCGCAAGACCAGCGAGGCCACGGCGAAGAAAUAUGGCGCGGCUAUUAUCCCUGCCAACAAGCUUGCUGAGGUCGACAUGGUGGUGCUCGGAACUCGCGCUGGCCAGAAGAAGCUCGACGAAAUCGAGGAGAACGGCCUGAAGACCAUCAACGAGGACGAGUUUCUGGAGAUGAUCAAGACCGGCGACUCAGCCAAGGAGCCCGAGGAUGAUGCCGGUGACGAUGACGAGGGCGCCGAGGAUGACGAAGAUGAAGAGAUCGAGGAGCCAGCUCCAAAGAAGACCAAGAAGGCCGCCCCGAAGGCCGCCACGAAGGCCAAGGCCGCUCCAAAGAAGGCAGCACCCAAGAACGAGAAGGCGACCACCGUCCCAGAGGGCAAAGCGGAUGCUUUCAAGGGCCUCAAGCUUCUGUUCACCGGCACCUUCGAGAUCGAUCGCAAGACUUGCGAGGCCACGGCAAUCACCUACGGAGCGACUCUGGCCAAGAAGCUCCAGGACGCCGACUGGAUCGUUUUGGGAACCAAGCCUGGCCCAAAGAAGGUCACGGAGAUCAACGAGAACGGAUACUCCACGAUGAACGAGGCUGAGUUCUUCACCAGUAAGCAUCCCCAACGUAUGACCUUCAAACCUCUUUACUGA